AUGAUCUCCGACGUCACCCUCUCGGCGCUGGCCAACUGGCUCGGCAGCCUCACGAUGGUGCUCAUCGUCGUCUACCACCUCAUCACGGUCAACGCCAAGCGGACCGCCUCGCCGCAGUCGGCCGCCAAGAUCGCAGGCACCCGCAGCUGA